AUGGAUAACGUAAGCUGUAAUAUUGGAACAAUAAAUAUCAACACCAUCACCAACCAAAAUAAGAUUAACGCCCUUCGCACAUUCGUUCGCUCAAUGGAGCUAGAUAUAGUAUUUCUGCAGGAGGUUGAAAACGAACAACUUGUAUUGCCCGGUUACAACGUUAUUUGCAAUGUCGACCAUACGAGGAGAGGAACAGCAAUUGCUCUGAAAGAAUAUAUAAAAUUCACACACGUAGAGAAGAGCCUGGACGGUAGAUUAGUUGCCCUGCGUGUUCAUAAUGUCACGCUGUGCAAUGUGUAUGCCCCAUCGGGUUCCGUACCUUCGUACUACCUUCGUCAUCACUCCGAUCACAUCAUAUUAGGAGGCGACUUCAACUGCGUUAUCCGACAAUGCGAUGCGACUGGUCAAAAUUCGAGUCCCGCUCUUCAAGCCACCGUUCAGCAGUUACGUCUGUUUGAUGUGUGGCAGCAACUCCGUCCACGAGAGAUGGAAUACACAUACAUCACACACAAUUCAUCGUCCAGGCUCGAUCGACACUACGUGAGCAAUGGUCUCCGAGAACAGCUGAGAUCAACAACUGUCCAUCUACUACGGCAUGCGUACGAUGGCUACCAAAACAACCGUGCCAUGCUUACCACCAUCAAUCGGAUAAAAGCAAAGAUGCUAACACAUCAGCGAGCUUUCUCCGAAAUGUUCGUGCGAAUUAACGAAACCCUCGUUGCUGGUGAGCCGCUAUCGACCUACCAGCUGGGCGAGCGAGUGCGCCGGAAAACCACUAUCGAGCGACUGAGAAAUGAGAGAGACGAAGUUAUGGAUGAUUCUACUGCGAUACAAAACUACAUGGUCGAAUACUUCACCAAUCUAUAUACAGCCGGACAUGUAGAAGAAAAUAGCGCAUUUCAGUGCGAGAGAAUUAUACCCGAACAAGAUGACGUAAAUGGAGCGUGCAUGAAUGACAUCACAACGGCUGAAAUUCUUACGGCUAUCCGCACGAGCGCAUCAAGAAAAUUACCAGGCUCCGACGGACUGCCGAAAGAAUUUUAUUUACGCACUUUGAUGUCAAAUUUCCCACCUCAGUUCGUCGAUGGAGUGAUCGUGCUAGUGAAAAAACGAGGGACGGGGGACAGCGCACGCUCCUACCGGCCAAUAAGCUUAAUCAACUAUGACUACAAAAUAUUAUCACGUGUUCUAAAACAGCGGCUGGAGAAUGUGCUCCGAGUUCUUGGAGUUUUGACUGGCUUCCACAAAUGUUCGACGCUAAACGCAAUAUAUUCCAAGCAACUUUAG